GCGAGGGCUCGCCGCUUCCGGGCUACGGCGGCCGGGGAGGGCGCGGGCAGUCACCUUCCCGGCGGGCCGCGGCCGCGGCCAUGGCGGCGGGGCCCCCUCCGCCGCUGGAGCCGAGCCCGCUGCCCGUGUUCCGCGAGGAGGGCUUCGGCGACAAGUUCCUGCGCAAGACCCGCGAGAACCCCCUGGUGCCGCUCGGCUGCCUCUGCACUGUGGGCGUCCUGACCUAUGGACUGAUCAACUUCAAGAGAGGCAACGUCCGCCGGUCUCAGCUGAUGAUGAGGGCACGUAUCCUGGCCCAGGGCUUCACCUUUGCAGCCCUCUUGGGAGGCAUGGUGGUCACGGCAAUGAAAUCUAGGAAGUGAUGCCAGGCAGGCGAUAAGCUGCAGCCAUGAGUGAGCGCCUGCCAGCUCCUGCCCCCAGCGGGCAGGAUGGAUUCUGGCUGUGGAGCGGUUCUCAUAUGAGCUCGCUGACAGACAACUGUGGUGGUUAAGCUAGUGUCAAACACGGUCUGUGUUCCCAUGUGUUGGAAAUGCAGCUAAUACACCUCUGUUAUUAACCUGAAA